AUGACCGACAAACCCACCCCUUCGACAGUGGUCGAGCCCCAACAAGGAACCAAGGAUAGCAACGAAAAGAGAGACAGAAAAGGCCGCAUUCAUGAGUUCCAGGAAACCGAGGGCUACAUUAUUGACAUCGCCGAGGAUGAUUCCGCGCCAGCAGGGCUCAAACUUGCCAAGGAUGGCCACACCGUCUUGAUCCCCCAGCCCAGUGAUGAUAAGCAUGAUCCUCUGAACUGGACGUGGAACAAGAAGCACCUCAUGCUUUUUAUCGUGUCUUGGGUGUCCUUUCUGCCUGACUAUGGGAGCGCAACCGGGGCUGUCACUCUGAUCCCGCAAGCCGCGGAGUGGGGGACCACCCCAGACACUGUGAAUCACUCACAAGCCGGCAAUGUGUUCAUGUUGGGCGCAGGUGGCGUGGUUGAAAACUUGUCUGACCCCGAAGCAGUCGUGAUUCUUUCGGCCUACUUUGGCCGUCUCCCUGUCGUCUUUUGGUUCCUCCUCAUCUCCGUCGCAACAGCAGCCUGGUGUGCCGAACCAGAUACGUUCGAAUCAUUCAUGGCGGCCCGUAUUCUCAACGGCUUCUUCUCGACAGUCAGCCAGGCAGGGGGGUUGAUGUUUAUCAAAGACAUGUUUUUCUUUCAUGAACAGGCGAGGAAGAUCAACAUUUGGGCAUCAUUUAUUGUCAUGUCCCCCUACGUCGGUCCUCUCUUUGCCGCUUUCAUGACAGAAACACUACACUGGUCAGUGCCAUUUUGGGUGUACUUUGGCAUGAAUGUGCUGGGAAUGGCACUGGUCGUUGCAUUUCUGGAAGAGACAUACUAUGACAGGACCAUACCAUCGGACCAACAGCCUGCUCGAGGCAACCGUUUUGCCAGACUGAUCGGCACCGCCCAAUGGAAGUGUCGACAUCUCCGCAACACCUUUGGCCAAGCUUGUUGGAGAACCGUCAGUGUGCUUCUCAAGCCAAUCGUAGCUCUCUCGUGCGUUUUUUACGCCUUGACGUUUGCAUGGGCGGUGGGCAUCAACACCACGCUGGCCAUAUUUGUCACCCCACUGUACGGCUUCGGACCAAAACAAGUGGGAUUCUUCUACUUCACCCCGGUGGUUGCUGUGGCACUGGGGGAGGCAACAGGGCACUGGCUGCAUGACGCUCUUGCCAAGCAGUAUAUCCGCUCUCACAAGGGACAUUUCGAGCCCGAGGUGCGCCUGCGAGCCGUAGUUCUGGCAAUGCCGGUUGUCAUUGUCGGCCUAGUUCUCAUCGGGCAGUGUUUUGAGAACCAGUGGCACUUCAUGGCCACCAGCGUCUGCUGGGGCCUUUAUGUUUUCGGCAUGAUGAUCACCACAGUAGCACUGAGUAGUUACUGCCUUGAUAGCUACCCGGAGGCAUCUGGCGAGGUUUCGGCGUGGCUCAACAUGGCCCGGACUGUCGGAGGGUUUAUCGUCAGCUAUUUUCAGGUCAGAUGGGCCGAAGCGCAGGGAACGAAGCAGAGCUUUGGGAUUCAGGCUGGGAUCUGCGGCGGUGCUAUUUUGUUCAUUGUCGCUUUGAUAGUGUGGGGGAAGAGGCUGAGAAUUUGGGCGGGACCACUAAACUUUGCAACGACCCAUAAAUACCUUAAUAUCGUCCACCUUCUUUGCCCUUUUCCCAAAACACCAAACACAGUCAAAAUGCCCAGAGUCGCAGACCGAAAAUCCUGGCGAAAGCCAGCAGCUCCUCCAGUGGAAGCUCCCCAAACCCCGCCAGAAGCAGCGCCAAGAUCCCACUAUCACACCUCGCAACACCACGGCCACCAUCAAGACCCGGACCCGGCACUCGAUGUGGAACUCGUUGAUCACACCGAGAGGCUGCCACUUCGCUCGAAGCGCACUCGGCGUCUGGAGGAGAAGCUUGCCAGAAAAAAACGGACCGCGACCACCCCACUAUGCUUGGAGGAUAUGCCGUUUGAGAUCCUCGACGCCAUCCUUUUGUGCUGUCAACCUCGCGAUCUUUUCGCCAUGUCACGUGUCUCAAAGGGCUACCGAGAUUUCAUCAAACAAGAAGGAUCCCGAAUCGCCAAAUCCAUCAUCGAGCGGCGAUAUCCCUGUUUGGCAGCUUGUUUUCUUCGGCCUGUCCUUUUGGAAAACAUUCAAGACUUGGGAGUCCGCAGGCACAUGGGACAUCCGAAAGUGACGAGCAGAGUCAGAGGUCACAUGUUUCACCACAUACCCACAAUCCGAGGCGAGCUUGUCUGCAGCUGUCCGACAUGCUAUCAUCGUUGGAACGCUCUCGGGCUGCUGGUCGACUUUGCACACUGGCAGGACUUUCUAGAUAAAGGCGAAGCAAUUCCACGCAUACCAUUCGGGCGGCGUCCGAUGUGGAACAAGGUAUUGCUAAACCGAAACAUGCAGGUUGUUCUGAAGGGCAUCCGCGAUCCUCUUUGGUAUGCUCGCAUCCUCGAAAAGCACCUGGAGUCGACUACGCGCGCCAUCCGACGCCAGGUGCUCAACAAGAGCAACAAGCGCCAGCAUUAUCGCCUCACUGACCAAGACCUACAAGAAGGAACCGACCACUUUCUCGAAGCCGAGGGGCCGCCUACCAUCGACUAUCCCUUCCAUAGAGACAGUUACUACAUGCUCGAAGCCUACCUGCCCAAUCGCUCCUGGAUUGAUGGGAAAUGGGUCUAUCUACCAGCCAGCCUUCACGAGAGAGACGUCGCUGGUCUGAUCAACAGUCUAUUUCCUGUACCUGGCAAAGAAGAAGCAGAAGGAUAG